CUCUUUACCUAUCAGCACACAAAAAAUGCUCUUCCAUUAACAUUCUCACUGCUCUUCUCUUCUCUUUCCCUUUCUUUUCUUCUCUUCUUUCAAUGCCUCUUAAUCCAAUCUAAGGCAGAAAAGAAGAAGAAUAGCAGUUUCAGUUCAUAAAACCCCACCCACAUUGUCCUCGUCUUCACCAGCGUCCAAAAAUGCCAACCCGAUUUUUCUUCUUUGCCAUUCUUUCUUUACUCUUACUGCAGCUCGCCGAACCAGAUCUCGUCACCGACAGAGCUUCCCUUUUGGCGCUCCGCUCCUCGGUCGGAGGCCGAACCCUUCUCUGGAACAUCUCCAACCAGAGUCCCUGCACCUGGGCUGGGGUUAAGUGCGAGCUGAACCGCGUUACGGUGCUUAGGCUACCCGGUGUUGCUCUCUCCGGCGAAAUCCCCACCGGCAUUCUCGGCAACUUAACUCAGCUGCGUACCAUCAGUCUCCGUCUCAACUCGUUAACCGGACAACUCCCUUCGGAUCUUUCUCUUUGUCGGAAUCUCCGGAACCUUUACUUGCAGGGGAACCGGUUGUCCGGUGAGAUGCCGGAGUUUCUGUUCGGUCUUCAUGCUUUGGUGAGGCUGAAUCUUGGUGGGAAUAAUUUUUCUGGGGAAAUCCCUGUUGGGUUCAGCGAUUUGACGAGGUUAAGAACUUUGCUUCUUGAUAGCAACAGCCUUUCUGGGUCGGUGCCUGAUCUGAGUUCUUUGAAGAAUCUCGCUCAGUUUAAUGUGUCGAAUAAUUUGUUGAACGGCUCAAUCCCCAAGGGGUUACAGAAGUACGGGUCCGAUGCGUUUCUGGGGAAUUUGCUUUGUGGAAAGCCACUUGAGCCUUGCCCUGUUACUGCUACUGAUGCGCCUGGGAAUGCAAGUGAGCCAGCUAAUCCAUUGAGUGUGGCUAAACCAGGGGAAAAGGAGGAGGAAAAGAAGAGCAAGUUGUCUGGGGGUGCAAUUGCAGGUAUUGUUAUCGGAUCUGCGGUGGGAUUUCUACUGAUUGUUAUGGUUUUGAUGAUUUUAUGUAGAAAGAAUAGUAGCAAGAAAUCGAGGUCAAACGACAUCGCUUCCAUUAAAAAUCAAGAAAUGGAGAUUCCUGGGGAGAAAUCUGAAAUGGAGAAUAGUGGAUAUGGGAAUGGGAAUUCGUAUUCAGUGGCUGCCGCCGCUGCAGCGUCAAUGGUGGGUGGUGGUGGAGCCAAAGCCGCCGAAAACAGCGGCAGCAGAACAAAGAAGUUGGUUUUCUUUGGGAAUGCGAGGAGAGUGUUCGAUUUGGAGGAUUUGUUAAGAGCUUCUGCAGAGGUUUUAGGCAAAGGAACGUUCGGAACUGCAUACAAAGCAGUGUUGGAAGGUGGAGAUGCAGUGGCUGUUAAGAGGCUAAAGGAUGUAACGAUCUCUGAGAGGGAAUUUAAGGAAAAGAUUGAAGAGAUUGGAGCUAUGGAUCAUCAACAUUUGAUCCCUCUUAGAGCUUUCUAUUUUAGUGGAGACGAGAAGCUUCUUGUCUAUGAUUACAUGCCCAUGGGAAGCUUAUCUGCUCUUUUGCAUGGGAAUAAAGGAGCAGGAAGGACUCCAUUGAACUGGGACAUUAGAUCUGGACUUGCUCUUGGAGCUGCCUGUGGCAUUGAAUACCUGCACUCUCAAGGCCCUAAUGUCUCUCAUGGAAACAUAAAGUCGUCGAAUAUCCUCCUCACUAAAUCCUACGAAGCUCGAGUCUCAGAUUUUCGCUUGGCAAACAUUGUAGGGCCUUCGACCAGUCCCAAUAGAGUGCUUGGGUACAGGGCACCUGAGGUGAUUGACCCCAGUAAAGUGUCUCAAAAGGCUGAUGUUUAUAGCUUCGGUGUGUUGCUUUUGGAGCUAUUGACCGGGAAAGCUCCAACCCAUUCGGUUUUGAACGAAGAAGGGAUUGACCUUCCAAGGUGGGUGCAGUCUGUUGUUCGCGAGGAAUGGACUUCCGAAGUGUUUGAUCUUGAGCUCCUCAGGUAUCAGAAUGUGGAGGAAGAGAUGGUCCAACUCUUGCAACUUGCAGUGGAUUGUGCUGCACAAUACCCUGACAAGCGCCCCACCAUGUCUCAAGUGAGGAGCCGAAUCGAGGAGCUUCGUCGUUCAAGUUUGCUAGAUGAUCUGACCGCACUGCCCACCUGAUAAGAUGGACGAAGAUGUCCCGGACGAGUUAGCUGGUUAGCUCGAGCAGAGGCCUCCACACACCAUUUUGUGUGAUGGGGGUGGGGUAAACGGAAUUAUCAAAAUUUCUUUUCAUUUUCUUCUUUUAUUUUCGAUGUCCAUUAUUAGCAUGUUAAGUUUGGUGGCCUUAGGCCUUGUUGUAUGCCUGAUUCUCUCUCGGUAUCUUAUUCCUUUAAUAGGUGUCCCAUUGUCGUCAUUUUCUUUCUCUUCUUGAUUAUAUUUUCUUUUU